AUGGCUCCGCCGCCCCUCCUCCCCUCCCCCUCCGGAUCGACCGAGCGACUAGCGGAGGAGCUGGCGCCCACUGUAGACCAGCUCCAGACCCUCACAGCCGAGAAGCCUCUUGCCCUUGCGCAGGCACUGGCGGCCACCGAACCCCUACUACGUCUCCGCCAUACCUUUAUCGAUGAUGCUCACCCCCGGACAGUCAAAGACGCAUUCCGCCAGCUGGCGGGGUUCCAGGUCCUGCUGGAGCUUGCGGACCAGCUCGCCGAGCUCUAUGAUACUACGACGUUGUCCAAUGAAGACCGGAAAAGCGUGAUGAUGAUCUUCAAGGAUGUCUUGGGAGCGUUGGCCGAGGGAUUGAAGGACCAUUAUGGUAACAAGCGCUACUUUGCACGGCGAAUUACAGGCGGAGGGACUGCAGCGCUGGAACGGAGCUUGACGCUCUUGGUGGGCAAGAUAAACCAGACUGAAAGCGAUGCCCAGCAGCUUUACGGCGCCAUCCUGGCUGCGGCUCUCUGUCAGGAGACAGUUGCAGGCCUUUUUGUAGCACUAAGUGCGAAGUUGUCGCAGAAUAACAGCUCGGCUUCAUCAAAAGAAGUCCGCGAUGCCGUCAGCCAGUAUAUGGGAUCUGCAGAGACGGUCGAGGUACCAGAGCUCCUGGGACCGUUGGUUCGCGUCUGGGUAACACAUUCUACUUUGCCGGGCAAUGAAGUCCUCCGUCUAGCCCUUCCGGCUUGCCUGAGCCAACUGGCUACGCAAUCGCGAAGGAACGUGGUCGCUUUACAUGCUACCGGGAUGCUCACCUCCAUUUUACCUGUCUUGUUCGAUGACGGCCGGUCCGACAUUGAAAGGGAGCUCUACCAAGACUUGGCACGGUACCUCAGCGUCCAAGGUAUGAACAGCCUAGAAGAUGUCGUGGCUCUGUACCGUCGCGCGCACGAAAACCCUCGAGUCCUCAGGUUUCUCCUGUCAGCUCUCAAAUACUCCAAAGAGCCCCCGUCAAUACAGUUUGACCUAUCUCUACACGGCUUUUGUUCCGUUGAAUUUGCUACCCUAGGUCGCCCAUUCCCGCCUACUGCUUCUGCUGGGUAUACCCUAGCCGCCUGGGUGCGCUUCGAUGAGUUUGAUCUUAAAACGCAUACUACGAUAUUCGGUGCAUUCGAUGCCAGCCAGACCUGUUUCGUUCUGGCUUACGUGGAAAAAGACACGCGCAAAUUUAUUCUUCAAACAUCCAUUCGAGGGCCACGCCCGAGUGUACGGUUUAAGUCGACGACUUUUGAGGCCGGUCGCUGGUAUCAUAUCUGUCUUGUCCAUAGAAAGCCAAAGCCUGCGUCAUCCUCGCGAGUUUCACUCUUCAUUGACGGUGAAUUUGUGGAGCAGUUGAAGAUCGAAUACCCUUCUGUGCCAGUCAGCAAUCAUCCUCAUCGGUCACCCCGAAUUCAGGCUUUCUUUGGAACCCCCCAAGAUCUUGCUAUGCAACUUGGGAAAGGCGUCUCUACCUCUCGAUGGUCCCUGGCAAAUGGUAUACUUUUCGACGAGGCCUACAGUGACGACCUCGUGGCAGUCUUCUAUAAUCUCGGUCCCCGGUAUUUUGGAAAUUUCCAGGAUUGUCUUGGAUCUUUCCAAACGUACAAAGCCUCUGCCACUUUGAACUUGCGCAAUGAACAUCUCCAUCCUGGAAAAGAGGAAGACUCGGAUAUUGUCACAGCCAUUCGAAAAAGAGCGAGCACACUUAUACGUGAGGGCUCAAUCUUGAUCAAUUUGUCUCCAGUUGCAGUCCUGGACGAUGAUGACAGCAAUAAUGUGGACGAAUCACAACUCAUCAAAUGCCUUUCUCGACAGGCGGCAAAGAGCCUGCAGCAGCUGACAAAAGCCGGAGGCAAUGCGGUUGCAGUGAAUGGAAGCACUCCGGCCAUCAAUGACGCUUUGACACAACCACAAGGUGUGGGUGUCUUGACUGGCGAUCCUGUUGUUGCGGUUCCUUGGUCUCUUGAUGAUGCCAGCUGGUGUCUGGGCGGCUGUGCCGCUGUCCAUCUCAGUCUAAUUCAGGCUGCCAAUUCUGCGGAAACUCUUCGCCUGGCCGUGGAGGCGUUGUACGAAGCUGUGCAGGAUAACUGGAGGAACAGUGAAGCCAUGGAGCGAGACAACGGCUACGGUAUUUUGGCAUCUCUCCUGCGCGAGAAGCUCGGGUUUCAAGUCAGCAAUGCCCCAAGCGCGGGUAGAUCUACGGCCGUCAGCACCAAUGACGAUGAGCUCAACACAUUGAUGCUUGAGCUUCUGCGCUUGACACUUGCGUUCGUAGGGUACGACUUCAAAGAACCGAACCAUUCUAUCAUCUCUAAUCCGCUAGCUUAUCGAGUCUUACUUGUCGAUAUGGAUGUCUGGCAUUAUGGUGAACCACAGGUGCUGGAUCUGUACUACUCGCAAUUCCGCACCUUUGUGUCUGAGAGUAACUACCGUCGCUUCAACGCCAGACGCUUUGGUCGCAUGCGCGUCAACAAGAAAUUGCUCGAAACUCUGAAAGGAGAUGAAUUGACCAAAGGGACCGUUGCGCCAUGUAUUGCCUCCUUCCGGGCCCUUUUGGAGAGCAAUCUUUCGCCCGAUCUCCUCCGCUCUCUAUCCUUGUCUAUAACAUAUAACCUUCAUCGACCAAAACCCCUCACGGCCCUACACAAGAAGAAGAGCAUUCGUUUCGCCCCGAGCUCGUCUCGACCCCCUUCCUCCAAGUCAGACACGGCGAAGCACAUAUCCAGCACCACAUUGGGCAUCGAGAUGCUGCGGCUUUAUUCUUCAAUUCUAUGUAAUGCCUUGGACACGACCCCGAUGAGAAAGUUCGCGAAGGCGGUUACAAAUAAGUGGCUAUUGUACCUAUCCUGCGAGGAUGAGCCUGAAGUAGUCGUACACGCAGUCAAGAUCCUGGCUAGGCUUCUCGUUAUCCACGGAAGUGGUUACAGUAAGAAAUUCUCCGACAAAAACGGAGGAUACACUGUGCUCGAGUAUCAUCUUAAGAGAUGGUGGAACAUACCUGUCUUGUGGCCUAUAUGCUUUUCUAUUAUCUUCGGGCAGGACAUUGCCCUGAAAGACCUUGAUCAGCCAUUUGAUGCCCCGACACUCAUCAGUAUGUUCCUGGCUGAUGGGGAUCUGCGAAUCUCUUUUCCGGAAAUGCUACCCGUGAUUAUGGGUAUGCUCAAAAGCGGAUUGAGGAGCUCUGUCUCGGCGAGUGAAACAAGCGAUCAACAAACGCCGAAACCUGACACUCUCUUAACGAAGCCUCAGAUGUCAUUGCACAGCUUGAAUAAUAUUACUGCAGCUGACCGGACGGCGCAUGGGUAUUUCCUUGUGUCUUCUGUGGUUGACUUCCUGAAAGGACUUUCUUCCCGAUCGCGAAACUUUCGGGAUUUCACAACGCAUUCCGGCUAUGUCCAGGAGCUGCUCACCAUCCUCUAUCCAACGGUCGUUGGCGUGGAUUCAAUCAGCCCAAAUACUGAAAUGAACUCUCGAUACAACGGGCUGAGUUUUGAUGAUAGCAACUUGGUCCUACGGCCCCGUUCCAGUCGCGGGAACGUCUCAUCAGCUCUACAAGCGAGCGUGAUAGAGUCCUCCGAGAGCCCUGAAGAGAGCACGGAAUCCUUGCAACGCCGGUCCUCUUUCAUCUUCGUUUCCUCUGACAAGACGAAGCAUCAACCCUCGGCGGCACGAAUUCGCCGUGCUGUGAACCUCAACUCCUCAGAAGAGGGUGGAAACACGGACCAUCCACUUGUCAAAGCUAUUGCCGCCCUCGCACUCGACGUCUUCGAGGAUCAGCUCCUGGAGCGAAAAGAUUUCUCUGGCUUGGGACUGUAUCAGAAAACUCCACCCGGCUUCCUUGAACACCAAGCGUACUUCAACUCUUGGAUCUUUGAUUCCCUCAUGUCCAGAUUGAAGGAAGUUCCAGCAACUCAGCCGCGGCUGCUGCAUGAGCCUCGCACAUUGACCAAUCUCGCGCGCUUUGCCACCCACCUGACAGAGGCUGUCUACGAAGGGUGGUUUAUCAAUGGAGCGGUCACGAGCCUUGAGUACCUUGGCGUGAUUCUGGAAUAUCUCCAACGCCCUGAGGUUUCCCAUUUGAAGAGCAUUCGUCUGUGUAGCCAAGCCGUGUCCACUCUGCAUUCCACACUAUACAAGAUCGUUUUGUUCCAAUUAUCGGAAGCGGAUGACACGGAGAGUUUGCCUGUUCUCAAGCGCCUGAAUUACUGGCAGGUCGUGCUCCUCGCCGCUGCAGAGACACAGUCCAAAUACCUGCAGCUUGUCUGCUAUCUUUUGUACACCAAGCUCAUCAGCACCGAAACGGACAUUCGUUUGGCCGCUGCGAGCCUUUGGCGAAUGAUCUUGGUACAAAAGCCUGGCGAAGUGGGGAGCCUCCUAGGCCACGGCCCUGCCAGCCUCCAGCGUCGACUGUCCGAAGGCUUCGAGGCUCUUGCCGGAUUGGAUGAUGAUGCAUUUUUGCAGUGGAUUGACGAUCAGCGCGAUGAUCUCGAUGCGCUCUUCUUUGGAAUCUUGUCCCGACAGUGGGAAUCUUUCGUUCAGGAGGAAAAUGCAAAGAUUGAGGACUCUGCCAAAAAUAGGAUCAGCAAGCGCAAGGACAAGCUGAAGCAGUGGGCACAGCUGGAGAAGUAUGACGAGGACGUCAUCCGCAAGCACGAUGCCACUCUUCCCCACUGGAUUUCAAAUAUUUCGGCUUCAGAAUUCUUAAAGUCCCAGAGAUUCCUGCAGGAUCUUCAAGAUAACUCUGUCUUCAUGUGGUCGGCGUUUUCUAAUCUACUGGUCAACCUGCGACGGCCCGGUGGACUCCUCGCCGAAGAAAAGGAUCGCAAAUUCAGACUCGAUCAGACGGAAGGUCGUAGCCGCAUGCGUCUACGAGUUGUUCCUGAUGAUUCUGGGGAACGACAGGAUUAUCAGCCUAAGCGAAAGGCGUCUGAACCGCCAGCACCAAAGCUCGAUACCCGACUACGCGCACUCUCGGCCGGGGAGGUUGCCUCGACUCCUACGGCGAUGACCGCCGAGCCCGAGGUUGCGGGGUCCAAACGUCAAGAUGGCGAUGCGGAAAACUCAGACGAUCGCAGCGGAUUUGAAGAGGAAAAUUUCGAGAUGAUCGACGACCCCAAGCUGGAGAUUGAAGAUUACGAAGACAAGAACCGGAGAGUCAUGCGUUCCCUCCACCGCGGCGACCAGGUACAGAAUGUGUGCAACAUGUCACGAAUCAUUGGUCUAGAGGCGGUCGAGGGUCUUUUGAUUCUCGGCAAAGACUGCAUCUACAUCCUUGAUAAUUUUUUCCAACGAGCCGAUGGUGAAAUCGUGAACGUAUGGCAAGCUCCUCCCGACGAACGUGAUCCAUAUGUUCGAAUGAUUGCUGGACGAGAGUCGAAUGACCGUCGCUCGCAAGAAUACGAGACUAGAAGUUGGAAGUGGUCCGAUCUCGUCAGUGUUUCCAAACGGCGAUUCCUCUUCCGUGACGUCGCCUUGGAGAUCUUCUUCACGGAUGGCACCAGCUAUCUGCUGACGUUCUUCUCGGCGCCUGUGCGAGACAACUUGUGCAACCAGCUUGGAAAUAAAGCUCCACAAGUUACUGGCAGCGCAGGACAUUCCCGACCAGAGGACAUCUGGAGAUUCGAGACCCUUCGCAGUCACGAAGAUGCACCACAAUCGCUUGGUUCGAAAUUUGCUAGCGUAUUUGGACACUUGCCCACAAUUCCGGCCACACGGAAGUGGGUUCGAGGCGAAAUUUCAAACUUCCAUUACCUGAUGUUGAUCAAUACGCUUGCUGGUCGAACAUUCAAUGACUUAACCCAAUACCCCGUCUUCCCAUGGGUUCUGGCAGACUACACCAGUGAGGAACUUGAUUUGACGAACCCUAAGACGUUCCGUGAUCUGUCCAAGCCUAUGGGAUGUCAGACUCCAGACCGGGAGACGGGUUUCCGAGAGCGCUACAAUGCCUUUGCUGAGAUGGGCGACGAUAAAUCUCCACCAUUCCACUAUGGUACCCAUUAUUCCUCGGCCAUGAUUGUCAGUUCCUACCUCAUCCGCCUGCAGCCCUUUGUCAAGUCCUAUCUGCUCUUGCAAGGCGGUACUUUCGACCAUGCAGACCGGCUCUUUUACUCCAUUCGCAAGACCUGGGAGUCCGCAUCACGGGGCAAUAUGACCGACGUUCGAGAGUUGAUCCCCGAGUUCUUCUACCUACCCGAGUUCCUCGUAAACUCCAAUAAGUACGACUUUGGAUUACUGCAGAACAUGACUACAGCCAUUGAUUCGGUCGAACUUCCGCCGUGGGCCAAGGGGGAUCCUAAGAUCUUCAUUGAAAAGCAUCGAGAGGCACUCGAAAGUCCUUAUGUCUCUGAAAACUUGCAUCAUUGGAUUGACCUGGUCUUUGGCAGCAAGCAGAAGGGUGAGGCCGCAGUUGAAGCAGUCAAUGUGUUCCAUCAUCUAUCUUACAAGGGCGCUAAAGAUCUGGAUGCUAUUGAUGACCCGAUGGAGCGGUUGGCAACUAUUGGUAUCAUCCACAACUUUGGACAAACACCGGGCCAAAUCUUCCAACGUACCCAUCCUCAGAGAGAGGAUCAGCGGUAUCGUGUGCCCCGGUUGGAUACUCUUGCCGAGUCGCUCACCCAGAUGCCGCUGUCUCUUCUGGAUAUUGAGGAACGUGUUGCAACUCUGUCUAUGAAACAGGAUCGAUUACUCUGCACUGCUGCACUCCGACUCAACGUGCCCCCAGCUUAUGAUCACUAUAUGGAAUGGGGAUUUUUCGAUGGAAGUGUGCGCUUCUAUUCAACAGACAGUCGCAAGCUUCUGGGCCAUUUCGAGCACCUUCAUGUCGGGCAGCUUUCCCAUGCCAGCUUUGCGGAUUCACGGACCCUGAUUACCUGUGGCACGGAUUGCACAAUCUCCUUAUGGACGGUCACUGCGUCCUCGAGAGCGGUUGACUUACAACCUAUCGGAUCUCUGUUUGGUCACCGCGCUCCAGUUACCGUACUUGCCGUGUCUCGUUCGUUCAGUGCUUUGUUGUCCACAUCCACCGACGGUCAUAUCAUGCUAUGGGAUCUAAAUCGCCGGUGCUUCGUGAGGACGCUCCCAGCAGAGGGAACCGUCGAUUGCGCCCGCAUCAACGACGUUACUGGGGAUAUCAUUGUCUGCCGAGGCAGUCGCAUCACGAUGUAUACUCUGAACGGCGAAGUCCUCGUCGAUCAACCCGUCUGCGACUCCCCCGACGACCGCGUGCUGUCCUGCGUCUUCUACGAAGGCUUGCAAAACGAAUGGCUCGAGCGCGAGCUCGUGUUGACCGGCCACAGCCGCGGCGUAGUGAAUAUCUGGAGCAAGGUGAUUCGCAACAGUGGAUUUGAGCUGGAGCUCAUCCGCCAACUGCAUCAUACCGACAACAGUCGUGACAACGGAGCCAACAUCCAGGCUGGCAUCAGUUGUAUACUCGCCCUGCCGCAGGUGGUGUAUACUGGGGACGAGGCUGGUCGAGUGUACGAGUGGAAUUGUGUCCAACGGCGCUGA